AUGAGUCUGACCGCAGCUGACUAUUUUUACAUGACCUGGUGUUACAUGUCUCUCAUCCUUGGUAUAUCAGGCAACCUGUACGUCCUUCACAGCACCAUCAAACACAGCGCAAUAAAGAUGGACAAGAUGUCAGUGUGGCUGAUCCAGAACAUUUCUGUGACUGAUAUCCUGCACCUCCUCUUCCUCCUCCUCCCCAUCCUCAUCACCCUGCACGCUGGCAAGGUCUGGAUCCUGGGAACAGUAGCGUGUGAGGUGGUGUCUCAGUACCGUUAUUGUGCUGUCCUCUCCAACAUGAUCCUUAUCAACGUCCUCUCUCUCAACAAGGUCCUGAGGUGUCGGUAUCCGUUGCGGAAUCUUCACAGCACGUGGAAGCAGCGAGUGUCGGUUACCGUGGGAACGGCGGUGCUGUGCGCGACCCAGCCCGUGUGGAGGUGGGGGUGGGGUGCUAGCGGGGAUCUGGAGGUGUCCUUCUCAGAGUAUCUGUGCUACUGCUGGGACCAUGAGACCAACGUCACGAGAUAUUUUUUCAACAGACUGGAUCUGGUCUGUGCGAUACUGCUUCAGAUAGGCCCCUGCUCAGCUCUCGUCAUCAUGAACGCUAUUCUGAUCUACAUAGCCUUCAAACAUACUCACAACACUAUCAACUGGUCUAAUGUCUCCAUCGUGGUGUUUGUAACAGGGGUGUUCCUGGCCUCCAUUUUGCCUCACUUCGUGUACUUUCUGAAGAACCGUCAGAACUGGACUGACUCGGUGGAGUUGAGGUGGACGGUGGCUACCACGUUUGUUUCCACUUUCUUGAACCCUGUUAUAUACUUCCUGACUAACCCUACCUUAAGAACUUACACAACAACACUGGUUACGAGCUCCACUAGACUGUUCAGUUCUCGGAGGGUUGGGGUAAGUAUAGGGGAUAAUGCUAAUAACGGAUGA